UGAGGCAGCGGCCGCGUGAGGGCUGCCGGCGGGCGCGGCCGCAGCGGCAUCUCUAGCUCGGGCAGGGCCCCCGGGGCGUGGGCGCGGCGAGCGGGCGAGGGGGGCGUCCCGGCCCGCGUCUCGGGAGCCCGGCUGUACUGCAGCCCGCACCGCCGCCCGCGCGGAAGGGCCCGCGCGGCGUCCCGCGCCCGGCCCCGCGGUUCGAUUUGGGCGAGGGCGGGGGGGUUUGUCUUUGGACCCCGAGCGGGGCCGCGGAGCGCUCGGCUCGCGAGCAGCAGGCCCCGCUAGAGCGGUCGCUCGGACGGGGGCGUCGGCGCGCCCGGGGGCGCCCCAGACUCGCGGGCCGGGGCUCACCCCCCGCCCGGGGCAGGGCUGGCCCGGAGCGUGGGGGCGGCCGCCGGCGCCCAGGGGCGCCCGCGGGUGCUCGGCGGCGCCGCGGGGUCCGGGCCGCGCGUGUUUGACGCACCGGGCGCCGCCGCAGCAGGAUGAAGCGCUGCUCGCCGCUGCCGCCGGCGGAGUUGUUUUCGCCAGGGCCGCUCGCGGGGCCGGGAGCGCUCAAGGGCUGAACUUCCCUCUCGAGCCGCAGUUGGAGGCGCGCGGCGUGGAGGCCCCUGGCGGGCGACGGAGCCGGGACCCCCGGGAGCACCAGGUACCCCUCACCCCGGCUGGGAAAGGUUCCGAGAGCUUGGCAACAUGGCUUCCCCGCCCCACCAGCAGCUGCUGCAUCACCACAGCACCGAGGUGAGCUGCGACUCGAGCGGAGACAGCAACAGCGUGAGGGUCAAGAUCAACCCCAAGCAGCUGUCCUCCAACAUCCACCCCAAGCACUGCAAGUACAGCAUCUCCUCCAGCUGUAGCAGCUCCGGGGACUCCGGGGGGCUUCCCCGGCGCAUGGGAGGCGGCGGCCGCCUGCGCAGGCAGAAGAAGCUGCCCCAGCUGUUCGAGAGGGCUUCCAGCCGGUGGUGGGACCCCAAAUUCGACUCGGUGAACCUGGAAGAGGCCUGCCUGGAGCGUUGCUUCCCGCAAACCCAGCGCCGCUUCCGGUACGCGCUCUUCUACGUGGGCUUCGCCUGCCUUCUCUGGAGCAUCUAUUUUGCUGUCCACAUGAGGUCUAAACUGAUUGUCAUGGUUGUCCCCGCGCUGUGCUUCCUGGUGGUGUGCGUGGGCUUUUUUAUGUUUACCUUCACCAAGCUGUACGCCCGGCACUAUGCGUGGACCUCCCUGGCUCUCACCCUGCUGGUGUGCGCCCUCACCCUGGCUGCGCAGUUUCAGGAUUUGACGCCUCUCUCCGGACGUGUUGACAGCUCCAAUCAUACUCCUGCAGCCAAGCCCACAGACACUUGCUUAUCUCAAGUGGGGAGCUUUUCCAUGUGCAUUGAAGUGCUUUUUUUGCUCUACACCGUCAUGCACUUGCCUUUGUACUUGAGCUUGUUUUUGGGGGUGGUCUACUCUGUCCUUUUUGAGACCUUUGGUUAUCAUUUCCGAGAUGAAAACUGCUUCCCUUCGACAGGAGCUGGAGCCCUGCCCUGGGAGCUGCUGAGCAGGGCCCUGCUCCAUGUCUGCAUUCACGCCAUUGGGAUCCACCUCUUUGUCAUGUCUCAGGUGAGGUCCAGAAGCACCUUCCUCAAGGUAGGACAGUCCAUCAUGCAUGGAAAAGACCUGGAAGUAGAAAAAGCCCUCAAAGAGAGGAUGAUUCACUCUGUGAUGCCUAGAAUCAUAGCUGAUGACUUAAUGAGACAGGGGGAUGAGGAGAGUGAAAAUUCUGUCAAGAGACAUGCCACUUCCAGCCCCAAGAACAGGAAGAAAAAAUCCUCCAUACAGAAAGCUCCUAUAGCAUUCCGGCCCUUUAAGAUGCAGCAGAUCGAAGAAGUCAGUAUUUUAUUUGCAGAUAUCGUGGGCUUCACCAAGAUGAGUGCCAACAAGUCUGCUCAUGCCCUGGUGGGUCUCCUCAAUGACCUAUUUGGUCGCUUUGACCGGCUGUGUGAGGAAACCAAGUGUGAAAAAAUCAGCACCCUGGGAGACUGUUACUACUGUGUGGCAGGAUGUCCAGAGCCCCGGGUGGACCAUGCCUACUGCUGCAUUGAAAUGGGCUUAGGCAUGAUAAAAGCCAUUGAGCAGUUCUGCCAGGAGAAGAAAGAAAUGGUGAACAUGCGUGUUGGGGUUCACACGGGGACUGUCCUGUGUGGCAUCUUGGGCAUGAGGAGGUUUAAAUUUGAUGUGUGGUCCAACGAUGUGAACUUGGCUAAUCUCAUGGAGCAGCUGGGGGUGGCUGGCAAAGUCCACAUAUCUGAGGCCACUGCAAAAUACUUAGAUGACCGGUACGAAAUGGAAGAUGGUAAAGUGAUUGAACGCCUUGGCCAGAGUGUGGUUGCUGACCAGUUGAAAGGUUUGAAGACAUACCUGAUAUCGGGUCAGAGAGCCAAGGAGUCUCACUGCAGCUGUGCAGAGGCCUUGCUUUCUGGCCUUGAGGUCAUUGACGGCUCACAGGUGUCCUCAGGCCCUAGGGGACAGGGGACAGCGUCGCCAGGGAGUGUCAGUGACUUGGCACAGACUGUCAAAACCUUUGAUAACCUUAAGACUUGCCCUUCAUGUGGAAUCACAUUUGCUCCCAAAACUGAAGCGGGUGCAGAAGGAGGAGCUGUGCAAAAUGGCUGCCAAGACGAGCCCAAGGCCAGCACCAAGGUAACAAGCUCAUGGCUGUUGUUCCUGUCAGUUCCUCUCCUGGCGCAUCCACCUAAGGUCUCAGGAGGGCCCAGCUCCAAAACCCAGAAUGGACUUCUGAGCCCUCCUCAAGAGGAGAAGCUUACCAACAGUCAAACCUCCCUGUGUGAGAUCCUUCAGGAAAAGGGACGGUGGGCAGGUGUGAGCUUGGACCAAUCAGCCCUCCUCCCACUUAGGUUCAAGAACAUCCGUGAGAAAACGGAUGCCCAUUUUGUGGAUGUCAUCAAAGAAGACAGCCUGAUGAAAGAUUAUUUUUUCAAGCCACCUAUCAAUCAGUUCAGCCUGAACUUCCUGGAUCAGGAGCUGGAGCGAUCUUACAGGAUCAGCUACCAGGAAGAGGUCAUAAAGAAUUCUCCUGUGAAGACAUUCGCCAGUGCCACUUUCAGCUCCCUCUUGGAUGUGUUUCUGUCCAUGACAAUAUUCCUGAUUCUCUCCAUCACCUGCUUCCUGAAGUACAGAGCCACCGCCACACCUCCCCCCCCAGCUGCCCUUGCUGUCUUUGGGGCAGACCUGCUGCUGGAGGUACUUUCCCUGGUGGUGUCCAUCAGAAUGGUGUUCUUCUUGGAGGACGUCAUGGCGUGCACGAAGCGGCUCCUGGAAUGGAUCGCUGGAUGGCUCCCUCGUCACUGCAUCGGGGCCAUCCUGGUAUCCCUGCCUGCCCUCGCUGUCUACUCCCACAUCACCUCUGAGUUUGAGACAAACAUACAUUUUACCAUGUUCACUGGCUCUGCCGUGCUGGUGGCUGUCGUGCACUACUGCAACUUCUGCCAGCUCAGCUCCUGGAUGCGGUCCUCCCUUGCUACCAUCGUGGGGGCCGGGCCACUGCUCUUGCUCUACAUCUCCCUGUGCCAGGAAAGUUCCAUAGUAACUUCGCCUCUGGAUACAGCACAGAACUUCAGUGCCGAGAGGAGCCUGUGCAACAGCUCAAUGCUGCAGGACAGCAGGAGGCCAGCCAGCCUUGUAGGCAAGGAGCUCAUCCUGGCCUUCUUCCUCCUGUUGCUGUUGGUCUGGUUCCUGAACCGAGAGUUCGAAGUCAGUUACCGCCUGCACUACCAUGGGGACGUGGAAGCAGAUCUUCACCGCACCAAAAUCCAGAGCAUGAGGGACCAGGCUGACUGGCUACUAAGGAACAUCAUCCCCUACCAUGUGGCUGAGCAGCUGAAGGUCUCCCAGACCUACUCCAAGAACCACGACAGUGGCGGCGUGAUCUUCGCCAGCAUCGUCAACUUCAGCGAGUUCUAUGAGGAGAACUACGAAGGGGGCAAGGAGUGCUACCGGGUCCUCAAUGAGCUGAUUGGUGACUUUGACGAGCUCUUGAGCAAGCCUGAGUACAACAGCAUUGAAAAGAUCAAAACCAUUGGGGCCACGUACAUGGCAGCUUCUGGGCUCAACACAGCCCAGUGCCAGGAAGGCGGCCACCCCCAAGAGCACCUGAGGAUCUUGUUUGAGUUCGCCAAGGAGAUGAUGCGUGUGGUGGACGACUUCAACAACAACAUGCUGUGGUUUAACUUCAAGCUCAGGGUGGGCUUUAACCAUGGCCCCCUCACAGCUGGUGUCAUUGGCACCACCAAGCUGCUGUAUGACAUCUGGGGAGACACAGUAAACAUUGCCAGCAGGAUGGACACCACUGGCGUGGAAUGCCGCAUCCAGGUGAGUGAAGAGAGCUACCGCGUGCUGAGCAAGAUGGGCUAUGACUUCGACUACCGUGGGACAGUGAAUGUCAAGGGAAAGGGGCAGAUGAAGACCUACCUCUACCCAAAGUGCAUGGACAACGGAAUUGUGCCACAGCACCAGCUGUCCAUCUCCCCGGACAUCCGCGUCCAGGUGGACGGCAGCAUCGGACGGUCCCCCACUGAUGAGAUUGCCAAUCUGGUGCCUUCUGUCCAGUAUUCAGACAAGACAUCCCUGGGCUCCGAUGACAACACGCAGGCCAAGGACAUACAUCUGUCUUCUAAAAGACCAUGGAAGGAGCCCAUCAAAGCUGAAGAGAGGUGUCGAUCUGGCAAAGCCAUAGAGAAGGAAGACUGUGAAGAUGCAGAAAUAGAAGAAGCCAAUGAACUCACCAAGCUCAACAUCUCAAAGAGUGUGUGAGGCAGCCCGAGGCUGCCACGGUGCUCUGUUCAUUGAAACACAAUAAUAUUUGUAUCUGGCUGUCAUGCUUUCCAGGCGCCUCAGUUUCUGUCCCUGGACGUGGUGUUAUGUGGUCAUUUCAGCCCUAACUUCUGUGUGGAUCACAGUUAUUCAGGGUUCAUUUCCAUCCAUUUCCUUUCCUUUGCUCUUUCCUGGAAUUCUGCUCCCACUGGGGAAUCCGUUUAGCCGCAUGGAGAACAAGUGCCUUCAGGGGUUGGCCUUGGCCUCGAGUCCAGGACUGAGGCUGCCGGUAGAAUCAUGGCUCUGGGUAUUCUUUGGCAUCUUGAGAGAGAGAGAGACAGCUGUGGUUAAGAUAUCAUUGUUACUGCCUUUCCUCACAGACCCCUUUUAUUAUUUUAUUUUAUAUUUGUGCUCAUACAGUGUUUCUGAGUUUGUUUUUCUUUAUGUUUCCCAGUCUCCUGGCCUUUCUAAGCACAUACGUGCACGCGCGCGCACACACACCCACAGACUUGCACUUAUGAAUCUGACAUAAAGUGCCAGUAAUGCACCAGGAGGGGAUGCAAAAGGAGAGCAGAGCCCCUCCCUGGCCCUGGCACCUGGGCCUCACCCCCAACACCCUGCGGGUUCAGGCAUUCACCUGCAUACAAGCCAAGAUUUCAAAUGCUCACUGGGCACAAAGCUUAUAAACCCAGGCCUCAGGUAUCUCAAAGCCGUUUUUUUCAUUCUGACCCUCUGUGGAGGGCCCUUCCAGUCAGGAGUGAAGGUGAUUUUGUUUUGUUUUUGUUUUUGUGUUUUGGAAACUGACUUGUCUGAGUAAGAAACUCAAAAUAAACGCCUGAGGGUUGCAUUUAUUUAUUUAUUUAUUUAUCAGGAUGUGUAUGUUUGGGGGAGGGGGUGCUGGGUCAUUUGGGUGAGUGGAAGUAGGCUGGGGGGUAGGGCCAUUAGGGAAAGAGUUUGCAAAGGGCAUGGCAGACUGAUGUCUCUUCCUGUUUCAUGGGUUUUGGCACUGGGUGCUCCCUCUUGUGGGGAACCAUAGCAAAACCGGUCCAGCUCAAAGCAGGUCCUCACAGGAUGUCUUGGCUUCCACAAACCCAGAACGUUUCUCCAUCCUUUCCCACUCCCAGAUUGCAUGGCUGAUUGGUGGCAGAAUUGAAUCUUGUGAGCUGCACAGAGAGGCAGAGCCAUUGUAUAAAAUGGGCCUCCAGCCAAUGGGAGGCGGAGAAAAACCCAAGGAUAAUGGUCUGUGUUCUUCGUUGCCAAUCCUACUUGUAAUUAUGGUUUUCCAUGUUGAGUCUGAAGCCUCUCUUGAGUGGAACUCGGUCUGCAGUUGUCCUGUUGUAGUUAUUUUUCUAGGUGAUUCAGACAAUACCACACUUGAUAUGACCAAGGUCUAGCCCUGCAUCUGUUGGAGGUCUUCACCCCUUUCAUGUGCUCUUUCUCUGGUAAACGUCACUGUGUAAUUUCCACAUCUGUACACCCUCUUGACACUCUUCCCCAAAGACAGACAGGACCUUCUAUGUGCAGCAUGAUACCAUCUCCGUUCUGGUCAGUCACCUCCCUGGGAAGGCGUGGGGUGCCAACAGCCAUACAGCCAUCUGGGACCCAGAGUUUUCUCAUUGACUUAAGAUUUUCCUUCAGGUUUGACUUAAGUUUGUUGGUCUUCCAACUCUGAAGAAAGGAUGGCUGUGACAAUACCUCUUGCUUCUCAAGAAUGUAUUCUUAUAAAACACUACAGAUAAUUUUUUUUGCCCCUUCAAAAACACUACUUGAGCUGGAGAUUUGGCUUAGCACUGAGCACUCAUCUAUAUAACAAGCAUGAGGACCAGAGUUCAAACCUCAGUACCGCCAAAAGAAAAUUAAAAACACCACCGGAUGCUUUUCUUAUACUAGGGAUUAUGAGCAUGUUGGGUUUCCUCCCAUCAGUAUUAAGGCGUGGAUCUGAAUGUCUGUCUGUCCUCUGCCCCCCUCAGGGCUGUAUAGCUUUAGGGGCUGGCUGCUGAUGUCAUUACUGUCUUGCUCAGAAUGGGCUCUUCCAAGUCUCUCUCUGCAUAUGAUUCCCUUUCAGACUGUUCUUCCCCUACUGCAAAGAUGUUUGUGAUUUCCCCCUUCCUGUAGGAACCCCAGAGCUGUCAACCAAUGGGAAUUGUUACCCUGGGGUUGGGGCGGGGGGUCUUGUUCAGCAGUGUACAAAUGGAGCCCCUGACAAAGGGCAGCUCACACAGAGCAUAAAUGGUCAUUCAGAACACCCUGAGCCUUCCUAAAGAACCAGUACAGAUGUUCUCUUGUUCUCUCGGGGCCUUCCCAGCUCCCUGCUCCGAAGCAUACCUCAACACAGAACCACAGAAUCUCCACAGCACACCUGCCGGGCAUCUCAGUCUGCUGUUAGUGAACCAACAGUCGUUCCUGGAGACAGACGGGCUUCUAGGCAGUAGGCUCAAGUGCAGUCCUUGAGAAGGAGGCGCCCUUCAGGUGGCAAUACGUCUUAGGAACCUAGGGCAGGAAGCAAUACUUCAGAAUUGAAUGUGUGUAAAUAGUUGCUUUGCAAUUGCUCUUUUCUCUCUGCCCCAGCUCAGAUUAAAUUUUAUACAUCUGUAAAGAUCAACAAGCACACAUCAAUCGUUUUACCCAAUGCCCACAAAUGUAGAACAUCAGUUCCAAACCCUUAAGUCGCUUGGCAAGUCCCACAGAUUGUGCCACACCUGCGCAUGGCUCCUUCGACGCUAAUGUCUCUCGUGGGGACUACACAUGCACAUUUGCACAUGACACAGAAAGCCAAAGGCAGUACGCGGCCAUUACUUGGGCUGUAAUCACUCGUAGUUUCCAAAGAUACUUCUGCAUUUGAAUUUCUAGAUUUUUUGAGGUAAGCAUUUUGUUUUGAUUGGUUGUUUCAAAAAUCACAUAAUGCCUACAAUCUGAAAUUAAAUUAUUAAGAGCCAACUAUUUGCAUUUUCCAUGUUUCCUUUGCUCUGCUCUUUUUAAAUUGUUAAUUCUAAGAAUUUCAAAAUGCAUCCACUGAAGAAAUGGAUAUUAAAAUACUCUAAAACCUAA